AUGAUCGAUGAUCUUGACCGUGAAGAGGAUCAUCAAGCACAGUUUGAAGGUGAAACACUUGCCCCAUCAUCAUCGUCUACUUCCUCUUCGUCUUCGUCUGGGUAUUCACCACCUUGGAGACCUCGUGCACAAUUCGAACUCGAGCGACAACUGAUGGAUGGGGAUGAAAGUGAUGAGCAUGAUGACGAGGACGAGGAUGGAGGAACCUCGACAGAAUCGGAUGAAUCUGACGAGGAGAACUCAGAAGAAGAUGCAUCGGACGAGGAUGCUCUGCCUCCAGUCCUCCCGUCGGGACUGCCGACACGGCUUGCAGCAGUUGGAAAUUCGGACUUGAGAUCUCGAUUGCAGAGCUUUUUACCGCAACUCCAACAGGCCAAUGCGGAGCUCGAGGAUGCGAAUGUUUUGGUCGAGAAAAGGAUCGAUCAUGUUUCGGAUGAUGAACAGCAUUACAUCGAGAUGAAUCUGGGACUGGGCGUGCUAGGUGAGCGAAAGCGCAAAGCCGACGACGAUGAAAUAAGACUCGACACUUCGGAUAUGGAAGACGAAGACGGCGAACUAGGAAAUGAACAUGAUGAUGUAGCGGUCAUGCAGGAUGAUGUACUGGCACAUCUGAAAGGAGAGAUUGUUUCUGGAGUCAAGAAAAGGAAGAUUGAAGACCUUGGGUGA